AUGGCCUCCUCAGACUUUGUCACAUUUGGCAGGUACUGCAUCCCUAAUGACCUGUGGAAUGUCAUGGAACGGGAGUACCAGACCACUAACGGUGAAAUCAGUACCGAUGAAGCCGACUUUACUCGCCUUGUUGAACUUAAAAAGGGAGUCAUAGCUGUUGCUGGUGAGGCCCUGAAGUACGACGAUGAGAUCGAGCAAUGGCUCAUUACAUCCAAUGCCAAGUCCGGACGCUUUGUCAUAGGCUUGAAGCGCCAUAACAAGGGCUUUAAGAGCGUGGCCGACAUUAAGGACUUUGUCGAUGAUAAGUUCAAGGCUGGUGGCAGCACCCCUCUGAUCGAGACCUUGGGUGAAGCUCUGGGAGCCUACCUACAGAAGGUUGAGAAGAAGCCCGACGCCAAAGCACUGACGUUAGUCUUCUUGCUCGACGGCCUCGACGACAGUAUGACUGGAGCCCGGAUAACACGCAACAAGGUGGACCUCAGCCCUAUUAAGAACCUGGUUAUGUCUACGGUGGUCAGGAUCAUGAAGCAGAUGGGCUGCACCGACGUGCGCCAGAAGAUAGGCGUGCAGUUCUGCCUUAUUACCAGCAAUGAGGAAAUCAUCCAAGCUUAUAACGGCUUCGACAACGCCGGCGUGUACGAGGAUCCCAAGACAGGCGAAAAGUUCGAGUGCGACAUCUUCGACUGUACCACGCUCAGACAGAUCCUGGAGGAUAUGGGCGGCUGGGACUCACCCCUCACGAAAAUGAAGCUUAUCGGCGGCCCGCGUAACGAGACUCUCGAUAAUAUCCUGGAGUACCUAAAGGAGUUUGCACUGGGCUACAAGGUGGGCAGCAGUGCCAACCCCCCCAGCUACGAUGACUACGAGCGUGACCUCGAAGAGAAGAGAGCAAGGGCUUAG